AUGUCAGUAUCUUCUGAUAAAGCGCGGACUGGCUCGUGCCUGUCUAAGAAAGUCACAUUCAAAACAACUGGGCCCGACAUCAACUGCGCGGUUUGUCAUUGCACCAACUGUCGUCGUAACAAUGGCUCGACCUACACUGUGAAGGCCUGGUUCCCGGACAAGAGGUUCAAGUUCACCAGUGGCGAAGAUCUUCUAAAACAGCAUGACGACUCCGAUACCAACACUGGUGGAAUCGUGAAUCGUUGGUUCUGCUCGCAUUGCGGAUCACCAAUCCUAACGCGCUCAUUCCGCGUCCCAGGCAUAUCCAUUGUCCAUGUGGGCUUAUUUGACGAAGCAUGGGACUGGAGGAUCGACUUCGAGCAGUGGAGGAAAAGCAGAAUGAGCUUUGUUGAAGAUAUUCCUGGAGUGAGCGAUGACUGUAGGUACUAUGAUUUUCCGGAUAAGCGCGAGUUCGAGAGGGUGAUGGCGAAGCUAUAGGAAUCGGAAGACGCCCAGAAGAAAUACAUUUAUAGGACGUCAGUCUGGC